AUGAUACGUCCCAAUGCAGCCCGUGGUAAUCAUGGAAUAACGAGUGUUGCUGAAUCUCGCAGUCCUUCUGCUCGCUCGAAUCUACCACGGCGAGCAGUUCGUCGUACUAAGAUGACAACAGCGAGAUUUUCUUUUUUGGCAGCAGCGCUAGUGGUUGUCAUUGUUUGCCUUGGUUUCGUGAGCAUCUACAGCAUGCUCUACGUCACUAGUGGUAUGGACAAGCCACCACCCAACCGUCACUUUGCACAGGUCCCUCCAACAAAAGCGAAAGAGUGGAUCGAGCAAGUCCGAAACCAAUUUUUGCAUCGAUACGGGCAUGACUACGCUGAGACAUUGUUACAAAAAGGCGUUCAGUCGUUCGGCUCUCUGGACGCUACUGCCGUUCGGAUGGUAGAGGCUGCACAAGAAAACCGGCCAUUUGUGAUUGCUUUUUCAGGAUACAGUAUUACUGUGGGGAGAGGAAACUUUUUCAAUCAAAGUUUUCCAUUUGUCCUUGAGCAAGUACUGGAGGAACCCAUGCGAAACAUAUUAGGCAUUCCUUUGGUCGUUCGCAAUGCUGCUAUUGGCGGUAUUCCCUCAUUCCCUUAUGGCUUUUGUUUGGAACAUUUCCUGGGUGCAGACCCCGAUGUAAUUGGGUGGGAUUAUAGCAUGAAUGAAGGACCUAGAGAUUCGUCUGUUCUAGAGGCAUUCAUUCGCCAAGCAACCCAGCAACUUCGAAAACGCCCUAUGCUUAUCAUGCUGGAUCGAAAUGUUCAGCGAACCAGCCUUUUGGAAAAAUACACAAGUAGCGGUUAUUUACAAGAUGCGAUUGCGGUCUCAAAGAAAGAAGUGAUUGAUGACAAGGUCUUUCAACAAAAUCCAAUUUCAGAAGGAUUCCAGGAUUGGGAUGAAUUCGGAGCCCCCAGGCAAUGUCCAGGGAGAGGGAGCUGGCACCCCAAGCGGCAAGAACACAAUAUGAUUGGUUGGUUGAUGGCCAUGCACUUCUUGAAGGCUCUAGAACGGGCAUACGAGCUACAACAGUCAAACAUGCAGGGCGACAGUCCUGUGCAGAGCAAAAAUUCAGAUAAUUCGGUGGCCUACGGAAAACCUCUUAGCCCCAAAGUUGCUGAAAAUGACCGUCGAGUAAUGGAAGUCCUUUACGGCCACAAAAAAGAUAACGGGGAAUACACCGUUGGGGACCUCUCCUGUCGCACUUCGUUUUUGCCCGCUACAGACAAUAGUAAAGUGCUACCAAGCUUGACAGUUUCUGGCUUUGUUGAGGGUGAUUUAGACAUUAUGAUUGAUCGCACAGACGACCACUACAAAGAGGGAUGGGUCUUGGAUGUCAGCAAAGUAGAGAGAGAUACGAAACGAAAAGUCGAACAAUGUGGUGGACUGGGGUAUAUCGAUAUGAAAAUUGCUUUGUAUGGAAUACCAGAUAGCGGAAAGCUACGUCUUUGGUUACCUUACGAAGGCAGUGCCACAUAUGACGAAAACAAUGCGAAGAAAUGGUUUGAAAACAUCAUUAUUUGCGAGGCGAAUGAAAAGCGGAGUGACAAGGCCUGUAAACUGAAUCGAGAUCUAACCGUUGCCGUUGGUGGAGAAGAAGUCAGCGAUAUCCAGCAGAUAAAGGGGGCAGCGGAAUAUCUUAAACGCCAAACUUGUGUUUCUGUGGCGAUACCUGGGAAUGCGAAGGUCACACCUUUGGGAUCGGUAAGGUCUACUGAUGGACGGCCACUAAGCCUCAGUGACAAAGAGAAAUUUGGGCGAAAUGACAACGAUAUGGGUUUGAUUGUUGACUUGACAGCUAAGUCAACGGUCACACGCCAAGAUGGGGCAUGUUGCAUCUCUCAUGUUGUAUGGGAACAGUAUUCAUGA